AUGAAGGAAGCCACGGAAAAUGUCUCUCUGGACAGUGCCAGCUGGAGCCAGGUGGCAUGCAAGGACUUGCCGGCCCAGGAUACUAUUUUUUGCUCUGAAGAAGAUAACAGUCUGUAUUUCACAUACAGUGGAAAACCAAACGUUCUCGAGGUCAAAGAACUCAACUACCAGGUUAACAUGGCAUCCCAGAUUCCCUGGUAUGAAAACCUCGCACAGAUGAAAAUGCCAUGGACCUGGAAAUCGGAUCCCCGUUCUCAUGUAUCAAUAAUCCAGAAUCUGAAUUUAAAAGUUCAAAGUGGUCAGAUGCUAGCUAUUAUAGGAAGCACUGCUGGUGGAAAGACAUCUUUGCUUGACGUGAUAACUUGCCGGGAUCACGGAGGCAAAAUCAAGUCUGGUCAAAUCAUGAUCAAUAACAAACCCAGCACUCCCCAGCUUGUUAAGAAAUGCAUCGCACACGUGCGGCAGGAUGACCGACUGCUCCCCCACCUGACUGUCAGAGAAACGCUAUUGUUCGUUGCCAAACUGCGCCUUCCAAAGUUUUUUUCAGACUCACAAAGGAAAAAAAGGGUAGAAGAUGUUAUAGCAGAACUACGCCUGCGCCAGUGUGCAAACACCAGGGUAGGGAAUGAGUACCUCCGCGGUGUUUCGGGAGGCGAGAGGCGGAGAGUGAGCAUCGGUGUGCAGCUGCUCUGGAACCCAGGAAUACUCAUACUUGAUGAACCCACAUCUGGACUGGACAGUUUUACUGCACAUAACCUUGUGAUAACAUUAUCCAGACUGGCCAGAGGAAACAGAUUAGUAGUUCUUUCACUUCAUCAGCCCCGGUCAGAUAUCUUCCAACUGUUUGAUUUAGUUCUUCUGAUGACUUCUGGAGUCACUGUCUAUUCUGGAACAGCUAGAGACAUGGUCCCGUAUUUCACCGAACUAGGCUAUCCCUGCCCAAGGUACAGCAAUCCUGCAGAUUUCUAUGUUGAUUUGACCAGUAUUGAUAAACAGACUGCAGAAAAGGAGAUGGAAAGCCGAAAAAGAGCAAAUACUCUUGCCAACUUGUUCCUAGAAAAAGUCAAAGAUUUUGAUGAUUUCUUAUGGAAAGUUACCGAAGAAGAAAAUGUUGCAACCACAUUCAGCAAGCAAAGGUCACAUUUAAAUUCAGAAGAAGCUAUCAACAUGCCUCACCAUUCAAGUGAUCAGUUACCAGGAGUCUUAAAGCAGUUCACUAUAUUAUUAAGUCGUCAAGUCUCCAAUGACUUCAGAGAUCUUUCAACGUUAUUAAUCCAUGGAUUUGAGGCCCUUCUCAUGUCUCUAUUAAUUGGAUUUUUGUACUAUGGCCAUGAGAAAACCAGACUCUCUAUUCGUGACACAACAGCACUGUUGUACAUGAUAGGUGCACUAAUCCCAUUCACAGUGAUUUUGGAUGUUAUUGCCAAAUGUCAUUCGGAAAGAGCUAUGCUUUAUCAUGACUUGGAAGAUGGAAUGUACUCUGUUAGCCCAUACUUCUUUGCUAAGAUUUUGGGAGAGCUCCCAGAGCACUGCGCUUUUGUCAUCAUUUACGGGGUUCCCAUCUACUGGCUGGCAAACCUCAUUCCUGACCACUUCCUCUCGGUGUGGCUGGCUGUAUACAGUGCCCGUGCGAUGGCACUUUGGAUGGCAGCACUGCUGCCGACGUUACAGCUCUCAGCCUUCUUCAGCAAUGUCCUUUUCACAUCGUUCUACCUGAGUGGUGGUUUUGUGAUAAGCCUGGAAAACCUCUGGACAGUUCCAUUUUGGUUUUCUAAAAUCUCUUUUCUAAGAUGGAAUUUUCAAGGCAUGAUGCAAAUUCAGUUCACUGACCUCACAUACGAAAUGACUGUUGGAAAUACUACACUUCAAAUACCAGGGAAACUUGUCACUCGGGCUCUGGAUCUGGACUCCCACCCUCUCUACGUAAGCUAUCUCGUCCUCGCGGGCAUCGUCUGCAGUUUCCUGCUUUUAUACUACUUAUCUCUGAGGUUCAUCAAGCAGAAAUCAAACCAAGACUGGUAA